AUGAUAAUAUCCUGCGUCGCAGAUGUGGAACGAAACAGUGGGGAAUCCAUUGAGCAUUCAGCACACGGCCAUAUCGAUGACGUGUCAAAAAGCGAAAGAGAGAGGAUAGGAUGGAAGAAUGGGAGAAAAGCAGGGGAGAAAACCCGUUGGCCUCAACUUCACAAAAGUCCACGUGUCUCCGUGGAGCAGAGCAGCCACGACAAUACUGGUAAGUGA